AUGUUGUCAGCACGCUCAGAUUGCGCCACUCACGCGCGUCACCGCGUCGUCCUGCCGGGCAAAGGCCCACAAAGCAAGAUGGACGUGAUACCCACGAGCAAUGGAGAUAGCAAGCCUCGGCCGGCCGAGGAAAGCGACGAUGACUGGGAUGCCGUGAACGAUGAUCUCCUGGCUCCAGAGGCACUGCCAGAGUCUGCCGCGCUCGCAAGACGCCGGAAACGGGCAGAGCGCUCAUCCUUGAGGCUCAGAGGCAUCAUCUCGCUCGCGGAUCUAUCCGUCAUGCAGGUCAUCUUUGUCGCUCUCCUCUUCAUCUCCCUGUACCACCUCGCAGCGCUCUGGCUCUUCACCAGAGGCUUCCUGCUCACGCGAGCUACGCUCGACGAGAGGAGCCACUGCUCACCCGACCAAGAAUGCACGCUGACACCUCGCUAUUCACGGGCUAUCGUGCUCAUCGUCGACGCCCUCCGCUGGGACUACGUCUUCCCGAGAACAGAGACCGAUGGCAGCUCUCCUCCAUACUCUGCUGAUCAUCACAACGUACUCACGACGCCAGCCAGGCUGUCCCAGCAGCAACCUGCCAACUCGCUGAUCUUUCGCUUCGUGGCCGAUCCACCCACGACGACCUUGCAGCGACUCAAGGGUCUCACUACAGGCAGCUUGCCCACCUUUGUCGAUGCAGGCAGCAAUUUCGCAGCCGGUGCCGUCCAGGAAGAUUCUUGGAUCGAACAAGCCCACGCGGCUCGCAAGAAAAUCGCAUUUGCCGGCGACGACACAUGGAUGCAGGUCUUCCCUCCUGCCUACUUUGCAAAGGGCAUGACCUGGCCAUACGACUCAUUCGACGUGGCCGAUCUCGACACCGUUGACCGUGGUGUCGAGAAGCAUCUCUUUGAUCUGCUCGCGCCAGACAGCAAUGGCUCAUCAUGGGAUAUCUUCGUCGGUCAUUCGCUCGGUCUCGACCAUGCCGGCCAUCGAUUUGGCUCACAGCAUCCAGAGCUGACACGUAAGCUUCGCGAAGCCGAGGCCACACUGGCUCGCGUUGUGCCGCUCUUACGUGCCGACGAUCUGCUCGUUGUCCUUGGCGAUCACGGUAUGGAUCCCAAAGGCGACCACGGCGGUGAUAGUCCGGACGAAGUAAACGCUGCUCUGUGGAUGUACUCGCCAAAAGGACUGACGACCGUACCGCCACAUCCGGGUAAGGCUCGCCCUAUGACCGAAUUGCUUCAUGACACCACUCGGUCAGAAGAGCGCACCUUCGGUCUUGACGAGCAUACUUAUCGAUCAAUACCCCAAACAGAUCUGGUGCCAUCCUUAUCACUGCUCCUGGGCUUGCCUAUACCUUUCGGCAGUCUUGGCUCGAUCGUGCCCGAGCUAUUCCUCUGGCCGACGCAGCAACACAGAUGGGCAAAGGCUGAUGACUCGCUCAGCAUGCUACGAAAAGCAGUCCGUAUCAACUUGCGCCAGAUCAUGACCUAUCUAGAGACCUACGCACGCACACAUUCGCGAUCAUCGGACAUCGCGCCUGCUCUGCCCGCACUGCGAACAUUGUAUUCCGCUGCGAUGGAAUCACUGGACGGCACAGAUAGCAUCAGCCUGGACUCUUACUUUCGUUUUACUAGAUCAACACUGACGCAUUGUAAGUCAGUCUGGGCGCGCUUUAACGCUGCGACCAUGACUGCAGGGCUCUUGGCACUCGUGUGCAGUAUCGUCAUGAUCACACGCCUCGUGCAGACUGCUCGCUACGAAGGCGCUCUCUUCCGGGACGGACAUUGCCGGCAGCUCAUUGGAAGUGCGUUCAUCGCCUUCAUUGCUACGUUUGCGAUCAUCACCCUGCCAGCUAUAGUCGUCGUCGGCACGAACACGCAUCCAGACUGGUACGCCCCCCUUGUGUUACCAGCCAUUGUGGUCUCGCCUGUUUUGGCAAUCAUCGUCUACGAGCUGCGAUACCGCCUACCGGCCCCCAGCAAACUAAUCACGCCCGCAAGCUUGACGUCAUGGUCGCCGGUCUUCGUGUUACCCCUUGCGCAUGCUGCUAUGUUUGCGUCGAACUCGUUCAUCUUAUGGGAGGAUGGCGCCACGACGAUGCUGCUGCAGUCAGCACUGAUUAUGCUUGCGAUACGGUCAAUCGGUCACGUCACUGCUCCCUUUCGUCGACGAGGUCUAGCAUUCGCGCUGGUUGCAGCAAUACUCGUGCGCCUUCUGGCAUGCUCCAGACUGUGCCGGGAAGAGCAAGCUGGCGUGUGCUCGACAACGUUUUACGUCAGUAACGCAUCAAGCACCUCGGCAGUGGAAGCCGUGAUAGCAAUGGUCCCCAUCGCUAUGGCCAUACCCGUAUUCGUCGGCCGCUUUCUGAGCAUUACGGGCUCGCAGCGAGAGUUCGCCGGUAUCUUUCUCGAUGGACCCUGCCGUGCAGCCUGGCUGCUCGCGUCCGCACACAAUGUCGUGGAUUGGCGAGCGGCGCACAGCAAGUCGCCUGCAGUCAUGACGACGGUCAAGAAUUAUGCAGCCAUCGCAGUGAUCUGCCUGAUCAUUGGCGGUGGCGGCCCAUUGUGGUUCUUCAGUAGGCUGCCAUUGACGAUUCAGGAAGAGCCAGCGACUGACAACACGCCCGCAAAGAUCACUGUUUUGGGUUUCGCAAACGCCUAUGGCUCGUCAUACGUCUUGCUGGUCACUAUACUAACGUCGUGGCUUGUUCUCGUAUCACCUGCCAUGGGUCAGCUCGCUCUGUCUGGCGCCAUGAUAGCCAGUCUGUGUAUGCUAGAAACUCUCGACACAGCGCGGGAUUCUGAUUCAAUGCGCUUGUCUCUUGAAGCCAAAUCUGUCGAUCGUCCGCUCGAGCUCGAUUGGCAUAUCGGACUGUUUGCGCUGCUCGCACAAGCCACUUUCUUUGCCACAGGUCAUCAGGCGACUCUAUCAUCAAUCCAAUGGAACAGCGCUUUCGUCGGCACGCGCCGGCUGAUCUAUCCACUGAGUCCACUCUUGGUCGUGCUCAACACAUUCUCGGGUCAUAUCCUGAUGAGUCUCGGGCUGCCGCUCCUCGUAUUAUGGAAGACGGCGCCUGCGAUGGGAGGCAGGCCCUUGCCGCUCCAGCGAAAACUGCUCAUAACGUUGCUGCUCUUCUCGCUCUAUCACGCCAUCGUGGCGUUAUCAGCAGCAGCCUUUGCAGCCUAUUUCAGGCGACAUCUGAUGGUCUGGAAAGUCUUUGCACCGCGCUUCAUGCUCUCUGGAAUGACUUUGCUCGUCAUCGACCUGACGCUGGCGUUCUUAUCGACGCUCUACGGUGCUGGCACCGUCUUCAACAAAGUCUACACAAUGUUCCAUACCGCGCGUUCAACGUUCGACAUUGCGGUCGUUGACGCUGAGCUGUCACGACAUUGCCUUUCGGCUGCAAUGCGGGUUCUCGUCACUAACGAUGACGGCCCGCCUGGUAAAGACUCGCCCUUUGUGCUAGGCUUUGUCGAAUGCCUGAGGCAAACGUUAGGCUGGGAGGUCAGCGUGGUCCUGCCAGGCUCGCAGAGGUCCUGGGUCGGCGCCGCUCACAGCAUCUCGGACAUCAUCGAAGGCAGUUAUUAUCAGCCUGCGCCAGCAGGCUCAUCAGUCGAUCGCAGUCGCGGCGAAGGCAGUCGACGCUCGACGACGCCGAUUGAAUCAAGCAAGACGAAUGCAAACGAGCAAGAUUGGAUCUUGCUCUCCGGUACGCCUGCGACGUGCGCCAACAUUGCGUUGCAUAACAUCCACGAAACGAUCGAUCUCGUCGUCUCUGGACCUAACUUUGGGCGCAAUACUUCCACAGCAUUUGCCCUGUCGAGCGGCACUAUCGGCGCUGCUUUGGCAUCCUCGCUGUCUGGCGUGCCUUCUAUCGCGAUCAGCUAUGCCAUUUUUGAGCGUCCGAUACAGGACGAUCAAGUAGCAGCCGCGCACGACUGGGCAUGCGUAGUCAUCAAGCGACUGUGGGACACCUGGCAACACGACGGCGAUCAUGACCUGUACUCCGUCAACAUACCGCUCGUGCCUUCUAUAACUGACAAGGAGGCAACGAAGAUUAGGUUUACAACAAUGGCACUCACACGCUACAAGCGUCUUUUCGCACCUACCGCACACCCGAGCGAGUCAAAGGCAGCCUACGAGGCCGAAUAUAGCGACACUGCAAAUGCCGGCCCCGGAGCGCUCGAGGAACCAAGCAACCCGAGCAAAGUAACCGCAGAUCGCUCCAAAAAGCUCGCUUUCAAGUUUGCUCCCCACAUCGGGCAGCUCAUAAAUCCGCCAGCCUCGGCGCUGCAAAGCGGCCAUGAUAACCAUGCACUCCACCACGGUUGCAUCGCUGUGACGCCUCUCAAAGCCAGCUUCCUGGGAGCUGAUCCGCCAAGUGCGAUCAAGCAGCAUGACGAGGGUCCAGGCAAAGGGCACUGGAAGCUAUAG